AUGGCCAAAAAAAAGAAAUCAAUCAUUAGAAACCAUGAAAAUGCCACCGGUGGAGGACCUGCUAUAGAUAUAAAGUUGACAACUGAAGAAGAAAAAGUUAUUGACAUUUUAGGCCCCAUAGUGAUAGAGGGUGAUCAAAAAAUCCCAGAGUCAAGCUGUUCCUUUGUGUUUGAUGAUCACAAUUACAGUAUUGUGGAAGAGACUCUGGAAGAGGAAAACAUUGAAGACACAUCUGAAUAUGUAGAGGAGGACAUGGCUAUAGAUUUUGUUGUUGGGGAAGAAGAUACACAAAAAGAUGAAGCCUCAAAUGAAGUACCCUGUAGUAAAGUAAUACCCUUGGUGACACCCAAGCGUAGACCUUUUUCAGAACAAAAAGAUAAUAAUUUCAAAGCAAAAAAACCAGUCAGAGUACAAAGACUUCAACGUUCAAUCAAUGCGAAUGACCAAUUAGUCAAACUUACUGAAAAAAAAAUAAAAUUGAAGGAGAACAAUUUAAGUUUAUACAAGCGAGAUGUUGUAGCAAAAGAAAACAUAGCAUCCAGUUUACAACAAUUAUGUAAUUUUUUCAUUAAUGAAAAGCAAUAG